AUGUUGUUACUUUGUAAUAGUCGAGUUCGAAAUUUCCUACCAACUCCGCAUCCGCUGCUGGCGAAUGCGGAUGUUGCUCCAACAUCAUCUUCAUCAUCAUCAUUACCCAAACAACACAAGACGAAAACAGCAAUCAGUCGAUCUUCCUCUACAACAUCGAAAUCUUCAUCAGCCGGUUCGACGAGAUCUCGUUCUCGUUCUCGCUCUCGUUCACCUAUAUCUCGACGUUCGCGUUCACCAACACCUUCGUCAUCGACGACUCCAAUAACAAACAAUAAUUCUCAUGUAUCUCCAUCAUUCCUACAACAGCAAGCAGCCGCUGCUGCUGCUCUCUUUUCUACUAAUUCUCUCAGUUCACUACUACCAAUGUAUAGUAUGGGUCUAUUCCCUAUUCCUCCACCGCCGCCAAUCUUACCCGCAGUCAAUUUUUCUACUGAACAAAUUGCUCGUGUAUGUGAAUCAUUGGAAGAAAGUGGUGAUAUUGAUCGACUAGGAAGAUUUCUCUGGUCAUUACAAGUAGCACCUGGCUCGGCAAACUUGUUAGUCCAACAUGAAAGUAUCCUGCGUGCACGAGCAUUAGUAGCAUUUCAUUUGGGUAAUUAUCGCGAACUGUAUCAUUUAUUAGAAAAUCAUAAGUACACACGUGAUUCACAUGCUAAAUUACAAGCGAUGUGGAUGGAAGCACAUUAUCAAGAAGCAGAAAAGUUACGUGGAAGGCCGCUUGGACCGGUUGAUAAAUAUCGUGUACGAAAGAAAUAUCCUUUGCCACGAACUAUUUGGGAUGGCGAACAGAAAACGCAUUGUUUCAAAGAACGAACACGUUCAUUAUUAAGAGAAUGGUAUUUACAAGAUCCGUAUCCGAAUCCUGCCAAAAAACGUGAACUUGCCCAAGCAACAGGCCUAACGCCGACUCAAGUUGGGAAUUGGUUUAAGAAUCGUCGACAACGCGAUCGAGCAGCACAAGCCAAAAAUCGACAACAAUACGGUCUAGGCGCUGGCAGUUAUUCUCCGCCAUCCUCGCCUGACUCUUCAACAACAUGA